AUGGCUUUCGUCCUUGUCUCGCUCUGCUGUGCCUUUGCCGCCCUGGGUUCAUUCCUGUUCGGCUACGACUCCGGCGUCAUCUCGUCGAGUAUCAGCCAGGAUGCGUUCCUGCAGCGGUUCGGUUCGCCUGGCUUAUCUGAUGCCGCGACCGGGGGCAUCGUUUCAUCGUACAACGGAGGCGCAAUUAUCGGCUCGGUGUUUGCCCCCUAUGUCUCCGACCGUCAUGGGCGCAAGAUGGUGGUCCUCAUCGGAGGACUGCUCGCCAGUUUCGGGGCCGCGCUUCAGGGAGGUGCCGUCACGAUCGCGAUGCUGAUCGCUGGCCGAUUCAUCGCGGGCUUGGCAAUUGGUCUUAUGUCUGCCACUAUCCCCGUCUAUUGUAGCGAGGUCGCACCAUCUCGCAUCCGCGGCUCCUUAGCAAGCAUGCAACAAUUCAUGAUCGGCUUGGGAAUCGUGGUGGCACAAUGGGUCGGAUACGGGUGCUCCCUCCACAAAGGAGACUUUACCUGGCGCUUCCCACUUUCCUUCCAAGCCGCCCCAGCAUUCAUUCUCACCUGCGGCGUGUGGUUCCUCCCGGAGUCCCCGCGGUGGCUCAUCGCACAGGGCAAAGAAGUGGCCGGCCGCUCAGUCCUGACGCGACUGCACCUCAACCGAGACGCAACCAACACGCAACUGAUCGAGCACGAACUCGACCAGAUCCACGACAGCCUCGUCCACGAGCAACGGACCGCCGUCCGUUCAUGGCGCCAGCUCUUCCUCACCGGGCGUUGGCGCCGCCGCAUCCUCCUGGCAUGCGGCCUGCAAGCCUUCACACAGUGCUCCGGCACGAAUGUGAUCCAGACCUACGGGCCGCGCCUCUACAAAUCCCUGGGAUUCAACACCACAACCUCACUAAUGAUCCCCGGGAUCUGGGGCGCGCUCGCGCAGUUCUGGAACAUGGUCUUCAUGCUCUUCAUCGACCGAGUCGGGCGCCGCAAGCUUCUACUACCAUCGCUGCUGGGCAUGGGCGCAGCCAUGUGCGUGGAAGCAACGUUGGCGCACUACAUCGAUUUCGACACCCGCGGCGCCAACGCAGACGCGCUACGCGCCGCCAUCGCCAUGUUCUUCGUCUUCUCGUUCUUCUACACCGCGCUCGGCCUGAUCUCCUGGAUCUACCAGUCCGAAAUCUUCCCCACGGCCAUCCGUGCCCGCGGCUCGUCCGUCGCCACUGCCACGAACUGGAGUCUCAACCUGGUGUUUGCGCAGUGCUCGCCCAUCGCGCUCACAAACCUCGGCUCCAAGUACUUUUACUGCUUUGUCGGCUUUAACUGGGCUGCUGCUGUCCUGGUUUGGUGCUUCUAUCCUGAGACGGUCGGCCGCUCGCUCGAGGAGGUCGAGGAUGUCUUUGCAGAUAGGAUCCCGCAGGAGAAGCUGGACUUGGAUCCUGCUGCUACCCCGAGUCCGGGGCCGGUGAUGCCGCCCCGCUCGCUACUUCGUCAUAAGGGCUUGCAUCCGCUGUCGAUGCAUCCCACGACAAGUAGUAGUGGGAGUAGUAGUAACGGGACGCCUUCUAAGGGGUCUGAUGUCGAUGAGGACGAACUUGUAAAAUAA